AUGUCCCUUUUUCAUGGAGGGCACGUCCCAGACUCCACCCCGGUGUUGGACGUGAUUGCACCGUCCAUAUCUGCUGAGCAAAAUGUCACCCUUACCCGCCCGUUCUGCCGGGAAGAGGUGGUUGCAACUCUAAAGCAGAUGGGGAAGAGGAAAGCGCCAGGAGCGGAUGGCAUGUCCGUACUUUUCUAUCGUCUGUACUGGCACAUUAUUGGUGACGAUGUAGUGGGGACAGUUCUGAACAUUCUGGACCUGGGGAUUAUGCCCGAGCAGCUCAAUCAUACUCUUAUUGCCUUGAUCCCCAAAGUUAAGAAUCCUGAAUCCCCUAAAGAGUUCCGACCUAUUAGCCUGUGUAAUGUGCUAUAUAAAUUAGUGGCAAAGGUGCUUGCGAAUCGACUUAAAGAGGUGUUGGAUUCUGUGGUUACAGAGGAACAAAGUGCUUUUGUGCCGAGGCGGUUCAUAACGGAUAAUGUCAUGGCUGCUUUCGAAUGCUUCCAAUUGAUGAAGAAAAUUGGCAAGUCUAGCAAGGGAGGUUAUUUUGGAGCAAAAAUCGAUAUGGCGAAAGCUUAUGAUCGGGUGGAGUGGUGGUUCCUCGAAGGAAUUAUGCAGAAGAUGGGUUUUGCGGACCAAUGGAUAUAA